GGAGAGGAAAAGAAGAAAAAAGAUGACAAGGAAUCAAUAUCCAGGUUAAAAGUGCUUAAAAUUCCAACUGCACUCAUGUUAUGUAAGUACAUGACUACACUUAACAUUUAACAUAUUUUUUCUGACAAUGGAUAAUGGAGAGUUAAUAUUACUGGAUAAUGUGAUUGCUGAUGCACCCUGAGUUGAGGGUGGCCAGAAUACCUCUUUUGGCAGAACAUUUAUGUGGAUGUCUAACGAACAAAAACACGUGGCUCAUUUGACGUCUUGCCGAAAGAUACCAGAGAACUUAAAAGACACCAGCUCUAUAUUGAUUGCAUUCCUAGAGUCUAAAACCAUAUUAGAAAUCAAACUGUUACACCUUCUCUGCACUGUUAUAUGUCAUUUUAUAUCGAAGCUUUAAGAUAAUCUUGGAGGGCGGAUUCUUGCUGUAAGCCAAAUGCAUUGGCAAAGAAAGUAAGCAAGGUGGCUUCUCACCAUCUAUUUUCGUUCGUGACGAGGAAAGAAACAAAGACGACCGGCUUCUUUUGUGCAUUAUUACAGCUGAUUAUCCGUUACAGGUAUUAGAUAAAUGUUGUAAAGUGAUAGCUUAUGCGUUCGAAAGGUUGAUAAACAUUAACAAAAUUACAAAAAUGUAAUUUUUGUAAAAGUUGUCGGAGUGGCAAAAGUUGCUCGAAGUUGCCAGAAACUCGAAAAGUGCUCCAAACGCUAAAAGUUGCUCAAAAGUUGCCGAGCAUAAGGGAAGGGGCUAUUUUUAAGUUACAAUGUCUUAGAGACUAGAGCUCUUACAUUUGUUUAAGAGUUACCGAAAUGAGAGUCUUUACUAAAUUUUUCCUGUCAUUUUAUUCCAGCUCUCUGCUUUGUCGUCUGUGGCUUUUCAUUUUCCUACCCUGAACCUAUCUUAGGGCCUCACUUGAUAGAGGUACAAUUACGACCUUUACUUUUAUAUCAUGUUAGGUCUUUUUGAGGUGACAUAUAAUGUUUCAUUCUGUCACAGAACAUGCUUUGUCAACUAGAUGGCUUGAUCAAACAGAAUCCCUUGACGCAAUACCUUGAGGAAUAUUCAAAAGUGAAUAUGAUUACUUCAGGAUUUCGUUAGUUCUGUUUGACUUCCCUCUUGUGAUCCGGUAAACUCACGCCAACUUUUUGGAGGUAGAACUUAAACUUAUUACGACUUUGUCACUGUCGUUUUCCCGCCCCUCACAAAGGUUCCUUCCUUGUUUUUUCCAAUUCCUUAUUAGCUCCGCGUGACAUUUUUAUUUCCUCUUAUUGGACGUUGUUACUACUUUGGUUUCCGUUAUGCGACAUUUGAUCGAAAUUAGCUUGUGACCAGGCCCUCACCGUUAACGCUGCCGGACGUGCAUAUCUCUGCAGGCGGGAAAAUUAGAGACGAGUUGAGACAGGUUUGCUGGGAUCUGGCAGACCCCAAAUUGACCGCUGGCCGGCUUGCUUCUCUCAAGAACUCAGACCUUCUCGCGGGCCAAAUAACGCUCGUAUUGUAGCGCUUAUAAACGAAAUGCGAUUUAUUAUUCCUUUUGGAAAAUUGAGUUCGCCAAACUUUUAAGGUCUUCUGUCUUCAAAGUUGGGCUUAAUGGUCCAUUUGGCAUAUAUUCACUUCACAGAUUGGCCAAAAUCCAGCAAAUGUUGGUCUUGCUUUUCUUUGUUGGGCUGCGACUUACACCCUGUUAGCACCAUUGGUCGGAUACAUAGGAGAUAAAACGGUAGGUUUUCCCUUUAGCAUAGCAAAAAUUAACUUUGCAUCGGGGUCUGGCAUCAUCACAAUUACCAAAUCUGCGCUCCAAAAACUUUCAUUAACAAGACAAGUGUUUGCCGGUGGGGGAACUAAGACUUCUUUUUGUGAGGUUUCCUUUUCUCCUAUGGUGAAUGGUAGGGGACAGGGCGGGGUUUCCAGUGCAUUAUGAAGUGGGUAAUGACAUGUUCAAACUCAAUUUCACGAAAUUCAACUUGGUGACCGACAGAGUCCAUUCCGUUUCAAUCAAAAGUGUCUUCCCCAGAAUGAAUUCUAAACAUUAAAGAGUGCUGGGGGAAAAUAGCGACUUUCAGUGACGUCUUGCUGUGAGGAGUUUUCCCAGAAAUUUUCUGCUUCGAUAUUUGUAGGUUCUCUAAUGACAAAACUUACCAUUUAUACCUCCGAUUUAGUUGAUUGAAUUGUUAACUCGAGGCGUCAACUCAGAGAAAAAAAUCAUCCACUCCGAAAGCUGUGUUGUUAAGAACUCAUGGUAACAGCUCUUUCCAGUGUGAUUUGGUAUGCAAUGUAUUAAAAAUAAAAGCAUGAUUUUGAUGGAACUGCAUAUCUUAAAAAAUGUCUUUGCAGAAAUGUUAUCGAACGAUGAUGAUAGCAGGUUUUACUGUACUUCUCAUUGGACAUCUGUUGGUGGGACCUGCUCCAUUUCUUACGUUCUUACCAGCUAAGUAUGUGUACCAAUCAUUCUGCAUAUUUUCAUUAUCAUGUUAAUUAAAAGUACCAGUAAAAAAAACGAUCUUCAAUAUUCUGAGAAAUUUGUACAACAUAGAUUUGUGGCUUUGAAUAUCAAGUUUCACGCCUAUCUCCAAAACGAUCCAAAUCUGAGGUUCAGUCACCUUCGAGAAAUGUUAUGUUAAUGAUAAAACUUAUUCGGUUCCGCUAUUCUUGCAGGACGAUUUGGCUGGUUAUUCCAGCAAUGUUCCUUUAUGGAAUUUCUGGUGCUCUUGGUUUUGUACCCAUCAUGCCUGAACUCAUUAAAACUUUAAGGUAAGUACCAAUGUUUAAGGAAAUACAACAACCAAUGCAAGGGGGGCACAAAAGGCGUUACUAGUUUAACAGCAAUACACAGAGCUAUACCCUAAUUUCCCCGGGUAGAUUCGUCGUCGCCAUGAUAGCUGGGAAUAUGUUCUUUGACAUAUUACAUUACAAUUUUGAGAACUCUGAAAGUGAGAGAUGAUGAGUUUUCAUUUUCGAUGUCACUUAUGCGUCGGUGUCUGUUUUUGUGAAUGAUUUUGAGUGGGUAUGUUUGGCAUUUUAACUAUUAAAUUAGUGUAAUUAAGUCCUCCCUCCUUCCUCUUUGUUUGUGAACCUUUGUAAUUAUUUUUAACGAGUACAGCGACCCUGAUCGAUGACUCGAACCUUUAAGAUAAAGUAAAAAAGAGUCCUUUCUUUUUUUUCUAGCAUUCGAAUUAUCUAGAAUUAAGUCACAGUAAAUGAAUGGUGGAUUUCCAGAGAAUUCGGUUUGGUUCGAGUUAGCACCAGGUUCGAAUUGGCGAGUGUUGAGUUAUUGGAAGUCAACUUUAUUGAUUAACUUUUUUUUAUAAUCAUGUUUUUGUACUUGCUUGCUGCUUCUUUUUCCCUCGCAGGGAAGAUGGAAUGCCCGAUGAUUCCUCCACAAACGCGCUUGUGUCAAGUAUUUACAUUUGUAUGUACUAUUUAGGGUAUGUGCACUUUUUUAUUGACUCUUUAUCUCUUUUGUUUUAAUUGCUAAAGCGGCAACGAUUUGAGGGAGGGCAGACGCUAACAUCCACGCUUGAAAUGGAUUAUAAAUGUUUUUCAACUUUUUCUUUCCAGGUCGGUGAUUGGGCCCGUUCUAGCUGGAGUACUAUGUGAUCACUUUGGAUUUGAGUGGUCCAUGACUGUAAGUGCUCUUUCAUCGAUCAUUCAAGGCAUUUGA